AUGAACGGCAUCUGGAUUUUGGUACUUCUUGUUCUACCUUUUUGCACUGAUGCCUUGCCAUCAUUGAGACUUGGUACGUUGCAAAGUGCUGGCGUUGAAGGCAUCCUGAAAUGCAAGGGCAAACCAGCCGUCGGUGUUAAAGUGAAGCUGUACGACACUGAUACAGGUUGUUCUUUUCGGAUUUCCACAUUGGACGAUCUGAUGGAUGAGGGCAUCACUGAUGCGAACGGUCAUUUCUUACUGAAAGGUCACGAAACCGAGAUCACGAGCAUUGACCCCAAACUGAACGUCUAUCAUGACUGCAAUGACGAGACUAUUCCGUGCCUGAAGAAGUUCUCGAUCAAGAUUCCGAAAGACUACGUCUCGGAAGGUGAACAACCCAAGAGAAUCUUCAAAGCUGGCGAGUUCAAUUUGGAAGGAACGUUCUCGGGUGAAUCGCGUGAUUGUUUGAACUGA